GGUAUUCGAAACUUCACAAACGCCGUUCACAUGCGGCAUAACCUCUCCUAACGAAUAAUAAUAAUAAUAUGGAUAUAAACACCGAGGGAAACGAUAUGAGCAGCCUUUUCCGGCCGCCAACAAUACGUUCGGCCACUGGUGUCCUAGAUAGGUCGCUUUUCUCCAAGACGGUUAACCUUGCUGCUGCUGCUGUUGCUGACAAGAAGAAAAUCUCUGCCUGGCGUCAAAUAUUGCAGCGCCAAGGUACACUUCUCUCCGCCGAAAGAGUAUCCAGCAUUGUAACUCACCCGGACCAGGCCCUUGCGGCGCAAGGCACGAAAUGCUUACUCUUAGACCCGAAAGUCAAAGCUGAAGUGCCGGAGACGUGGACGCCCACUAUUCAGGAUGGUGUAGCUAGUAAGGAGAUCGGAAUAGUUCCGUAUACCUUGUCACUAGACUAUGACUACUGGACUCAUGAGGAUGUGAUGAGAUCUCUACUCCCCCCUGAUUUACGGGACUCGCAUGAUGGCAUUCCCGGAGGUUUCAACCAAGCGGGACAUGUCGCGCAUAUGAACCUCAGGAAUGCAUUCUUACCGUACAAGAAGUUGAUCGCAGAGGUCAUACUCGAUAAGAACCAGGCCAUUAAAACAGUCAUCAACAAAGUCGCUAACGUGGGAACUGAAUCGGAGUUCCGGACGUUUGCAUAUGAAGUCCUUGCCGGCCCAGAUGACUUAAAUGUCGAGGUGAGAGAGAAUAACUGUUUAUUCCGAUUCGAUUACUCUAAAGUCUACUGGAAUAGCAAACUGGAGGGUGAGCAUAGGCGGUUAAUUGAUAUCUUCAAGCCUGGAGAGGUGGUAUGCGAUGUCAUGGCUGGUAUUGGCCCGUUCGCAAUACCCGCUGGCAAGAAAGAGGUUUUUGUUUGGGCUAAUGAUUAUAACCCCGAGAGCUAUCGUUAUAUGGAUGAAAACGUCAAACGGAAUAAGGUCGACCAAUACGUACGGCCAUUCAAUCAAGAUGGUCGGACGUUCAUCAAAGAAGCAGCCGAUCUGGUAUACGCAGCAUCAGUGAACGGUGAAUAUGCUAUUUCGGGACCGAGUAGAAGAGUGAAACGAAGUCACCAUCCGAAUUCAAACACCGCAGACGAGUCAAUCCCAAUCCCGGAACCCAAACGUAAUUUCAUCCAACCUACUAUUUCCCAUUUCGUCAUGAACCUUCCUGCGAGCGCCAUAACUUUCCUAUCGCAUUUCCGCGGCCUUUACGCUGGGCGAGAGGAGCUCUUCGUUCCCCACACAAGUACGAAGCUGCCCUUGGUCCAUGUCUAUUGCUUCGCGGCCAAGGCAGAUGAUGAUACGCCACUUAUCGAUAUCUGCGAGCGCAUCUCGGCAGAGAUCGGCGUCCAGAUGAAGCUAGGCGAGGCCGAAAAUGUCAAAGAGGUAUCUGUUUUAGAAGUCAGAAAUGUGGCACCUAACAAGCUCAUGUUCUGCGCUUCCUUCAGACUGCCCCCUGAAGUAGCAUUUGCCGCCCGAGUCUGAUCAAGAUCAGACAAAGUCGUCAGCGCACUCCCGUAGCGUCGGCUUACCAGGUUAGGUGUCAAGAGGCCGCUGAGCAAUAUAUAUGCAAGCCAAGUGGACCACUGCAGUGAGAAGCAUGUGAUGAUUUCAACUUUAGCGUCGCAAUCUAGAGAGCUACCAGGUCUGUGUGAUUGCUUUAUGGCGGGACUGGCCGCCGCAAGUGGAUCACAGCAUCCAUAGGGCGCAGCACA